AUGAAUCAACCUACCCAACCCACGGCAUCUGGGGCCGCUGGUGCGGCUAUCUACAGUCCAUUCACUCUGUCCUUAUAUGACCUCUUAGUAUUAGGUCUGUCAAACUUCUUCAUCUGGAAAUGUCCCACACGAAGCGUGCAGCUCCCAUUCUUCAAAAGCUUCAUUGGCAAACACCACCUCGACAUUGGCCCCGGAACAGGCUAUUACCUCGCCAAUGCCAACAUUCCAAAAGAUAAACAAGUGACGUUGAUGGCUCUAAACUCACAUUCUCUGAAUUAUUCAAAGAAACGGCUGGGAAGGCCCGAUGUUCAGACAGUUCAAGCGGACAUCAUGGAGCCGAUCCGACCAGCCCAUCUCUAUGAUUCUAUCUCAAUUUUCUUCGUCCUUCAUUGCCUACCGGGUCCUGUGGAUUCCAAGACACAAUUGUUUGCAAGGAUAAAGCCGCUUUUGGUUGAGAACGGAACAAUCUACGGGACAACAAUUCUCGGAAAGGGGAUUGUGCACAACUGGCUUGGCCGGUUGUUGAUGAGUAUCUAUAACGGUCGGGGAAUUUUCAAUAACUGGGGGGAUGGGGAAUUUGAGAUUCGCGAGGCGCUUAUCAAACAUUAUGAGAUUGUGGAGACGAGAGUCGUCGGACGUGUGUUGAUGUUCUCAGCUUCGCAACCCAAGCUUUGA